UUUUCCAUCUACAAUGGCCCUAAUAGAUUGUCAUAAGCUCUUUGUAUAAAGUGCAAUAAAGAGUGAAGGUGUAACAUGACAAAAUGAGAAUAAGUUUAAACACUUUGAAUGUUUUUGUUUAUUUGCAAAUGACACCUUUUCCUUUCUUCAUACAGAUGACCCCAUGGUGACCCUCCAGUUUUGUGUUGUGCUGCAGGAGACCGAUAGAUGGCACUGUGUACUUUACUGCAAUUUCACUUAAAGCUACACUAAAGGAAUCCCCCCACACUGAAAAAGAUAUCUAUAAAAUAAAACGAACAGAAACAGAAAUGGCUUUUAAUAAACUUCCAAACCUUGUUUUGUCAUCCAUAAGUCCAGAAUAUUCCCUUUACCUUGGUUGUAUGACUGUGAUUAGCCUGGAUUAAGUAAAUGAAAGGCCGGUGGUCUUCUAUUAGUGGUCUUGGAUUCCAUUUGUUAAGAGUUAAUUCAGCAGUCAGAGAAGGCACCUUUUGUCUAAAACAGAACCAGGCAAAUUAUAGUCACGCGCCGCCUGUGAAGAACUCGAGGAUCGCCUCUGCCUCAUCUCAUAAUUCAAGUCAAACCAUGGUCUAAGCAGCGAGCCAUCCAGAGCUAUAAGAAGCUCCGUGGUGCGAUUAUGGAGAGCCAGCAGCGUCUGCUGCUGCUGCUGCUGACUGCAGUUACUUUAAGGCCUUGCCCUGGAGAGCCGAGGGGAAAUGAUGAUGGCGUCGACCCCAUCGGCCUUCUGAGAAAUAUUUAUGGCGGGCUGCUGGUGAGGGCUGAACUGUUCAUCAGGGACUCUGAGCUUAAAGAGCUGAGGUGCCCAGCGGACCCUGCAGUCACACAGCAAACUGAGGGCAGAGCCGGCGCCGACGGGCCAGUGGCGUUUACCAAAAACGGGCAGAUCAAGGGCGUUACUGUGGAUAAGGCCCACGUAUUCUACGGGGUGCGCUAUGCAGACCCUCCAGUCGGUGCCUACCGCUGGAAACCCCCGAGACCUGUGAGCCCGUGGCCUGGGGUCUAUGAUGCGUCGUUCCCUCGGCCAGCGUGCAUGCAGGUCUGCAGUGGAUCCAACUCCUCGGAGUGUCCUAAGAAGGUCAGCGAGGACUGCCUCUACCUCAACAUCUUUGUGCCUCUGGAUCUCAACUUCACCUCCCCUCUGAGGCGCCCCCUGCCUGUCAUGGUGUGGAUCCACGGGGGCGACUUCAUAGCUGGCUCGGCCUCCAAGCCUGUGUAUGACGGACGCUUCAUCAGCAACUUCACUCGCACGGUUGUUGUGAACGUGGAGUACCGGCUAGGGGCAUUUGGAUUCCUGGUGUCGGGUAAAGAUCCUCUGUCCUCCGCUACGGGGAAUUACGGGAUCCUGGACCAGCAGGCGGCGCUCUUCUGGGUGCAGCAGAACAUCGCAGCAUUUGGGGGCGACCCCAGCAAGGUUACGAUAUUUGGAGAGAGUGCCGGCGCUCAGUCAGUGAGUCUUCACUUGAUGAUCCACAGCAGCAAACCUCUGUUCAAACAGGCCGUCCUGCAGAGCCUGCCCUUUUCCAUUCCACUCAAGACCAGACACGACGCCCUGAGGCUGGGGAAAGACUUUGCUAAAGAGACCAACUGCUCGGCGAGCGACUUUGUCUGCCUGCUGUCUCUCGCUCCGCAGGCCGUCCUGGCUGCACAGAUGAAAACAAGCUCCAAGGUCGUGAACCCGUUCAGGUUCCUGGAGGUUUUCGAGACGUGGGGCCCGCACAUCGACGGACAGCUGAUUACAGAGCAGGCCAUCACCGCCUUCCAGAAGGGCAACUGGCAAAAAGAGAAGGCGUUGCUGCUCGGAACGACCUCUGAAGAAGGAGUACUAUUCGUUUACGGCGUCUUCGCCAAGCCGGUGUCUGUUGUGGAGGCCACCGUGUACAUCGCAGCCAUCUUUAAGCAGCACUCUCUGAAGAUCCUCCACAAAUACCUGCCACUCUACAAGGAGGCUGACCGCAGAAACAUGCUGACACAGAUCGUCACCGAUUACGUCUUUCUGUGUCCGUCCAGGAGGUCGGCGCGUGCCGGAACAGUCGCUGGCGGUCAUGUAUGGAUGUACGUGUUUGACCAUGUGGCCUCAGAUCGCAGUGUCUGGUCUGGUCUCACAUUCUGCUACGAGCACGUCUGCCACGGGGCGGAGCUGCCCUUUCUCUUCGACUCUGCCCCGGUGGCCAACUACUCCCUGACCCUGCCUGAAAAGCUCCUGUCUAACCGGAUGCUGUGCUACUGGGGGGCUUUCGCCCACACUGGUGACCCAUCGUCAAGGGUUCAGCAGACGGUUUUCUGUCGCGAGCAGCGUCUUCCCGUUUGGCCACGCUAUUCCGACACCAGUGGCUGGCUCGUCAUGAACUUGACGGUGCGGUUGCAUGUGCAAGUCGGAACCAGAAACCAUAUAUGUGACUUCUGGGACCAGCUAGGCAUCUACUAGCUGGUUCCAGCUGGUAGAGAGAUUAGGUUGGGUCUCAAUGAACAGCAUUGCCAAAUUUUAUAACUUAUGAUAGAAGUCAAGAAACUAAACUUAUUCAAUGAAGGUGUGCAAACCUAUUUUAUUGUCUCUUCCGAAGACUUUGACAGUCUUAGAGCAAUACAUAGAACUUCUAGAAAUCAGUACAAAUGUGCAGGGACGGCAUUCGUGUCAUAAUGUGUGGAGUGACCUGCUAACUUGACCGUACCAUGUUAAUGUCAACAUACUGUAGGUUGUAGACUAGACAAGUAAUUUUAUGCAAUGACAAUAGUAACAAUGUAAUGAUUCUUUCUAUGCAAUAAAACAUAGUCAGAAUAAGGCCUGACAAACAAGAAGUUACAGAACUUAAAAAGUUAAAUUAUUAGACAACAGCUUCUACGUUGUCAAUUAGAUUUACUCAUGCUAUUUCCUGUCUAUGUCUUCAUUUCCUGUUUAUCAAAGAAUCUGUCUGAUAUGAAAGAAAAUAAACUUUUUAGGAUAAUUAAUGAAACCCAGUGACAGUAUCCUGCACCAAUCUGUGGUGUCUGAUCCUUGACAUUUUCCAGAGGGGGAUCCUCCAAAGAUCAGACCGGAGGACCCUUUGACUUAUGAUCAUGCAUCUUUGACAUUUGUGCUUUAAGCUAGACCAGUGUUUCCUCUUUUUCACUCAGAUAAAACAGACUCCAACACAUUUGCCCCGUUCUCACGGAACAUCUUUGUUUAAUGCCUUCCCCAAGAGGCUGACACCAGCAGAUCGGUGGAAAAAAAAAAGAAAAAAGAAAAGACAUGAUUCAUUCAUGUGGUUCUGUUGGCAUCAUCGAACCAUGACCUUCCAUGUGCACAGGAGUGGUUGAUAGUCAGCUGCUCCUAAAAUAUUCUCUGUAUGUCUGGACUGAGAAGUAGGAAUGAAGACGGAAAUCUUUUCUUCAGAAGAAAUCAUCCAGGCCUGGCCGUUAAAAAAAUUUGACUAUUAUGCAAAAGUGUAAUAUUUUUUGCCAGUCAUCUCAGGAAGGGCAUAGAGCGACAUAUUCCAAACCUUUGCUUCUUGUCAUUUUGAUGACUCUCACUCACACUUACAGAUAAUAAAAGAAAAGCAAAAUUCACUGUCACAGAAGACCAUGACAGAAGGAGGCAGAGAAAGAUGGCUGACCUCUCCUUAACGUUAUAAACUGACAUUGAUGUUUCCCUAAACUCCCUUGUGGAUGUUCAGGUUUGACGGAAAUACAGAAGUGGGGAGUACCAUGCAUAGAUCCGAUGGUUUGUCCGUAUAUUAGCCAAGAGAUUAUCCUCUCCCCAGACUUUUGACUGGAAGACUUCUAUAAACUCAAGUGUGUCUUUAAAAUCCAUUUUACUCGUGUUUGUUUUCUGAAGCAACAUUUAUCUUCUCAAAUACUCCAGUGCCUCCAAAAAAAAAAGGACAAACUUUAAUCCAAAAGACCUGUUUGUGAGCUAGAAGUGACAGACUUAUGGAGAGGGGGAAAAAAGAGAGAGAAAUCAAACAGUAUUUUUCUCUAUAAAAGGAAAAUCUUGUUACCCUCAGAGCAACAGCAGGCUAUUCCCUCUUUACCAGCUGACUGUGUUUGGAAAUCAAAUAUUCUCUUUGCAUGAAAGAGAAAACUUUAGAUGUUUAGAAGUUUUGACAGUACUGGGCUACAUUACAGCUUCCCAGACUUGGAUUUUUCUUUUUUAAUCGGGUAAUUAAUGAAGAAAAAAAAGAAAAAAAUCUUGAUCUUUGUAUGGCUUUGAUUUGAACGCUGUCUUUGGGCGUUUUUUUUUUUUUUCCCCCUCCGUCUUUCCAAUUCCCUUCACACACAGACCAACACGGCAACGUUGCGGUCCGCGCUUAUCCAGAAUUGGCAGAGCGUGCCCACUACUUGUCAGGAGGUAUUGCUGAUGUCAAAAAGACCUUCAUUCGCACAGCUUUUUGUUUGCUGCAGAGAAAACACAGCGAGGGGGCCCCUCUGGGGAAAUAACACACUAUCUACAAAUCCCACGUAAUGUCAAUAGUUCCACACCACUAUGUUCAUUCAUGUGUUGGGCCUUCAGAGUUGGGCAGCGGGGGCACCUGUCAAAACAUCUUGACAAGGUAAUGGAAACAACCCGCAUGUUAACUCGCUCUGAAAUAAUGCAAUCCUAACCUGAUGGAGUCAAUAAGCACGCCGUCAGGAGACGCACCAGGCGUCUCCUGACAUAGGCGGCCAUGUUGGAUGCCCACAGCCAGCCUGGAGACAGGUAUUUAAUCGGCUACACCGUCUUAGAAGGACGCGGCAUGUGUUAGCUGCACCCAGCUACAUCCUUUAUGGAGUCUUCAAACAGAUGGGAUGACAGAUGUUGCUGUCAAUCACAGGUUCACUCAGUUUCUGUCGUUACUUGUUGCAGCGAUUUUUUUUUUUUUUUUUUAUGUUUUCUUCCCCCUCUGGUUAACACUGAAUCAGACUAAACAUGUUCUUGUUUUAGGUCAGUUAGGAUUACCAGAUUUAUUCCCAUUAACUAAAUGGCACAAUAGUGUUCACAUACAUUUCUUUAGUAGUUGGAACAAUUGCUUUAAAGGGCAAUAUUGUGUAAUUUCUAGCACAAUCAAGUAACUAUGUUACCUUCAGUUGGUUGUUAUAAAAAUGCUGUAUAUAUUGAAUAUAGUUUGACAAAAGUUUGACUGUAAUUUAACGCCUUGAAAUUGAGCUAGGGUUAGGGUUAAUUACCUUCAUUUUAGGAGCUUACAAAGGCAUUUUUGUCCACUAGGGUAAAAUCAUAGUAAUCUCAGAUAUGGGUAUGUUUAUUGUAUCAUUUAUCAUUUAUUGUGAUAAAUUUCUUGUCUUGAUAGAAUUUCAAUAAGCAAUAAUCUCCCAUUAUUCUGGAAACCAACAAAUGAGAUGGUUUCCAUCAAAGGCAUCAAACCUCUCCCAUGGAGAGCCUCUGGACAUACAUUGCACCCCACUUCAGUGACGGCCUCAGAUAUAUCAAAGAAGCUUUUGGGCAUCCCAGAUUAUCAGAUUAUCUUCUAAUAUUCCAUCAAAGGGAAUACUAAAUCAGUUAUCGACGAAAACGAUA